GCUUUCACGUCCCCGUCCACGUCUCGGAAAUCGGAAUCUCUACCACCUCGCCUAGCUAGCCUUGUGCCUUGCCUACUACGUCAAAGCUGUCUUAAAUAAUUCCAUCUAAAUUAUUCAACAAAUUAAACGCUAUAUCAUCAUAUGAAUGCCAAGAAUUCCAGAAUCAAAUCCAUAUCAAUCAUCAUCAAGAUUUCCCCACCCCAGGCCAGCCUGCAAUUCUCAGAUGAGAUGUAAUUACUUAGUUCACGAAAAAUUGUUGAACACCAGUGAUGGCAAAGAGCAGUGGUGGGGUAUUUGGCGUUGUUUUCAUGGUUGUGAUGGUUAUGGCAGCGUCAGAGAUUUACCCAGAAGAAAGAAACGCUCUGUUGCAACUCAGGGAUGGCCUCCAAUCCAAUGCCAAUUUGCAUUCCAAAUGGACAGGCCCGCCAUGCGAGGGGAACACCAGCAACUGGCCUGGAAUUGCCUGCUCCGAUUGGCACGUUACCCGCCUCCUUCUCCAAGGAAUUAACCUCACAGGUUCCCUUCCCGUCUCUUUCCUGCAAAACUUAACUCUCUUGACUAAGCUCGACCUCACCAACAACUCUAUAUUCGGCCCUCUCCCCUAUCUCUCGCCGCUAUCCCGCCUCGAAUUCCUGUUCCUCUCGCAAAACCAGUUUUCGGGUUCUAUCCCGUUGGGAUAUAUUCAUAUCCCAAAUCUCAAACACUUGGGGCUUGACCGCAAUGGUCUUCAGGGUUCGAUCCCGCCUUUCGAUCAGCCAAGUUUGAUUGGUUUCAACGUAUCGGGAAACCGCCUGGAAGGGAAGAUCCCGGAAACCGCUGCCCUGCAGAGGUUUUCGGAGAGUUCGUAUGGUGAUAAUCCGGGUCUGUGUGGAAAGCCUCUGGACACACCUUGCCGGAUUCCUCCGCCGUCGCCGCUACCUUCUCCGCCGCCUACAAUCCCAAUGAAGAAGAAGAAGAAGAAGAAAGGUCUUGAGGUGUGGAGUAUUGCUUUGAUAGCAGGUGCUGGUGGUGCUCUACUCACUCUCUCCAUCAUGCUUAUUGUCCUCUGCUGCUGCUAUAGAAGGGCCCUCAGCAAAAAAGAAGCGGAAAGUGAACAAAAAGAGAGGGUUCCAACGGAGCAUACUGAAAGGAGGAGUCCCUGGUCUCGUGGCCCAGAGGACCCAGAGAAAAGAGUGGAGCUGGAGUUCUUCAACAAGGAGGGCAUAACAGUUGGUUUUGAUCUUGACGAUUUAUUGAGAGCUUCCGCAGAAGUUCUGGGGAAGGGGAAGCUCAGCACGACGUACAAAGCGACGCUGGAAGGUGGGAGCGUUGUGGCGGUGAAGAGGCUCAGCCAAAUCAACUCUGCGAGUAAGAAGGAGUUCAUCCAGCAGAUGCAGUUGCUGGGGAAUUUGAAGCAUGAAAACCUUGCGGAGAUCGUCUCGUUUUACUAUUCUAGAGAUGAAAAGCUGAUUAUAUAUGAAUACAUCCCCCAUGGAAGCUUGCACCACCUCUUGCACGAUAACAGAGGAAUUGGGAGAGUUCCAAUAAAUUGGGAAGUAAGAUUAUCCAUUGUAAAGGACAUAGCCAAGGGACUCGCUUAUCUGCACCACUCCUUACCGUCCCACAAGGCGCCCCACGGCAACAUCGCCUCCUCCAACGUAUUAAUCCAACAUAGAGACGGCAGCCAUCGCCAAGCUUACCAACCCAAGCUCGCAGAUUACGGCCUACUGCCCCUUCUCCCAUCUCGGGAAUCCUCGGCAAGACUAGCCGUGGCAAGAUCGCCGGAGUUCUGUCAAGGCAAGAAGCUGAGCGGCAAGGCGGAUGUGUACUGCUUCGGCAUUGUUCUUCUGGAGGUGAUCACGGGGAAGAGCCCCGGCGCCCUGGCCUCACCGGGAAACGCCGCCGGCGAUGGUGAUUUGACGGAUUGGGUUAAGGCGGUUGUGAACAAUGAUUGGUCUACCGAUAUUCUUGACUUGGAAAUACUUGCGGACAAGGAAGGGUACGAUGAGAUGUUGAAGCUAACGGACUUGGCUUUGCAGUGCACCGAUACGCAGCCGGAGAGAAGACCGACAAUGGGUCAAGUGUUGCGGAGAAUAGAAGUGAUUGAGGGUGAGGGUGAAGGCGAAGGUGAAAGGAAACAGUUUGUGGACACCCAUGCACAUGAAUCUCCCCAUCAUUCUUAAUUAAGCAUUUAAGCUAGCUCAAGUAUAUUAUAUUCUUGGUAUCGUAGUACAAUUAGUUCAUCAUAGUGUAGGAUACAGAUUUAAGAUUUAGUAGGAGUUAGUAUUGGAUAUAAAUAAUCUAACUAUACAACUUGACCUCGUAUAAGCGGAAGCGGUAGCGUGUUGAUUGUGUUGCCUCUU